UUUGAUCUCGCCGCCCUUACCGAUAUCAACACGAAUGAUCAACACGGAUUUGGUGACGACGACUUCGAACAAGCAUUAUCUCUUCUCUCGACUACUACGAAAGAUUUUAUGUAUUACGAGUUGAAAAGCCGCGCUCCGGACACCGGCAGAAAUGGAAAGAAGAAAAAAAACAAAAUGAAAAAACAAAAACCACGUGACGUCAGGUGAACGUAAUACGUCCCGAGAAAUGAAAGCAUCGUUCGAUAAGAGAAGUAAGAAUAACACGAGGAAGAAGAAGAAGAAGAAGAAAAAAAGAAAAAUAAUAAAAAGAAGAAGAAUAAGAAGUAGAAGAAGAAAAAAAUAAGAAGAAGAAGAAUAAGAAGAACAAGAAGAAGGGAAGGGGAAAGGGAAGGAAGGAAGGAAGAAAGACGAAGAAUGGGAGAGCCGAGGUGGCGAGAUGAAAAUCUUGGCAAGAAAACAGAAAUGAUGUGUACCAAUGUGCGACGAUACGCACUGGGCCGAAAGUCAAAAGACGUUGCCGGCCGUGGUUGAUUUUUAGUAGCGUCGCGACGCCUCGUCGAGCCGUCCGAUCGACGUCGUUUCGACCUUCGUUUUCUUAUAGGGAAGCACGAAGCGGCCUUGGAUUGGUGAGAAGGGAGGACGAGAAAUAGAAGAAGAGGAGGAGGAAGAGGAGAAGAAGAAGGAGGAGGAGGAGGAGGAGGAGGAAGAAAAAGAAGAAGAAAAAGAAGAAGAAGAAGAAGAAGAAGAGGGGGGAGGACAUGCAAGGCGCGUUCGAAACCGCGCGACAGAUCGUCGAAUUCGAGGAGCUCGUUUCACGACUUGAUCGAAUAAACGACGUUGUCGUACGGCCAUCUUCUUUGUCUCCGACACCACCGCCACCAUCCUUGCCACCCCCUCCACCACCACCACCACCACCACCUCCCCCACCUCCACCCGCACCUCCACCAACACGAGGACCACCUCCACCUCCACCUUCGUCAGCACCAACACCGAUACCAGCACCACCACCACCACCACCAUCGUCAUUAUCAUUACCAUUACCACCACCACCACCACCACCUUCGUUACCCUCUCCUUCUUCUCCGUUGUUUAGAAAUUCUUUUACAAAUUCUACCUUCGAUUUCUUUCAAAAGAAUCUUUCGGAAGAAGAGAAAAGUGUUCGUGUACAUAUCGGUAUCGACGAGGAUCUACGAAUGAUCUUAGAAAUGGACCCAUCGAUCUUCGACAGGACACCACCACCCGUCGUAUUAUCGAACAAUCACUCGGCCAACAUCGCUACCCUGCCAAGAGCAAUGCGUGUUACUCGACCGCAAGGCUGUCCACCGACAUUCAAAACCGCGACACCGACUUCGCGAACGCAAUUGAAACUGCAGCUGAUGCGAGAGCAGCUGCAGGAACAAGAGAGACGAGAAGCUGAGUUUCGACAAAGCUUGCAACAACAGAGACCAGCAGCUGCACAUCCCAGACCUGUACCUCCUACGCCUUUGUCGACCAUUGGCGUCGAUGUACCACCGCAAGUUUUACAAGUGCGUACGUUGUUAGAGAAUCCUACGAGAUAUCACGUCGUACAGAAACAGAAGAAUCAAGUGAGACAAUACCUUCAAGAGUCUUUUCGCGGAGUUGAUUGUGGUACUGGAGUAAAUGCCGUACUUGGUAGUGCUGGUAACGAUAGUAGUACUGGUGGAACACCGGUGGAUGUUGGAGGAAUACCGUCAGCAGCAGCAACAUCGGCACCAGUUCCACCAGCACCGGUUCUACCAAUGGUGGUGCACAGUGCACCACCAGGACCGACGGUUCAUCAUCAGAAACCGCAGCAUCCUCAUCUAGCUUCGUAUCCACGUGCACCGGGACUUUUGUCUCAUGGUAAUCCGGUCUCUGCUAGUCCUGAUCCUACUACUGGUGCAAUGUCUCCUGGACUCUCUAGCGUAGCUACCAGUAAUUCGGAGGCAGAAGAUCUCUUGGACGAUAUCCUGUCGUUCGAGGCUGGAUCCUUGGGCGACGGAUUAAAGGACGGGCAUGCGGGUAAUCUUUCGAAUUUACCGGAUCUUCAAAUUAAACCGGAACCUCUUUUGCUCACCGAAGCGGAGAUUCAUGCCUUGGCGAAGGAUCGACAGAAAAAGGAUAAUCAUAAUAUGAUCGAGCGACGAAGGCGUUUUAACAUCAACGACAGGAUCAAGGAGCUUGGCACCCUUCUGCCUAAGACCAAUGACCCAUAUUACGAAAUCGUACGAGACGUUAGGCCAAACAAAGGAACGAUCCUAAAAUCUUCGGUAGAGUAUAUAAAAUUAUUGAAGAACGAACUGACCAGGAUGAAACAGAACGAGUUGAGGCACAAACAAUUAGAACAUCAAAAUCGUCGUUUACUUUUACGCGUUCAAGAAUUGGAACUUCAAGCGAAGGCUCAUGGACUUCCGGUUUCCGAUUUCAAUUGGGCAUCGACUUCUGGCAGCAUACUAAACACCUUUCCGAGGAGUAAGCUCGAGCAACGAAAGGUACACAUUCCAGAUCUCGUAGCGGAGGAAACGACAACGCCAUUGAGUAUGUCUCAAUUCGAGGAUCUCAUGGAGGACGACACGAGUGGUCCAGUUCAUGGUGGUGAUCCGAUGUUGUCGUCACCACAUUUACCACCAUUGAGUCCACCAGCAGCAGCUUGUCAUCAUGGUUUACCAGACGAAGACACGCUAGGUAGUUUGACGGCAACCACUUCGAAUUCUUCAUCGGACAUGGACAUCGUCGCGUAGCCAAGAAGAAAUGCCACCACGUUAUCCUUUCGAUCUCAAGCUCGUAUUCGUUUCAACGUCCUCUCGUUUUCAUCGAUGGACGAACAUCGGAACGUUCGUCCUCGUCCUUGUCCUCGUCCUCGAACUCGUCCUCAUCCUCGUCGCCUUCUUAUCGGAUUCCAAUGUCGUUUAUGUGACGAUCAGAGGAAAAACUUUCAAGAGAGAAACGAGACGAGAAAAAGAAGAAGAAAAAGAAAACAAAAAAGAAAGAAAGAAAAAAAAAGGGGGACUCAUCGAACCUUUUUCCUUCGUGCGAGACCAAAAAGAAAAAGACGCAAAAAGAGAAAAGAAAAAGAACGAAAAAGGAAAAAAAAGAAAGAAAGAAAGAAAAAAAAAAAGAAAAAGGAACAGAAAGAAAAGGAGAACGGGCGAUUUUAUUGUAACGUUUUAUCCGAAAAGAAGAAGAUAUUCGUUGAUACGAAUUCAAUCGAAAAAUUCGCUGGUCUAUUUGUUCGGUCAGUAUUUUUCUUUUCUUUUUGUUUAAUUAAUUGAUUAAUUCAUUAAUUGAUUGGUCGAUCGAUCGAUUAAUUAUUAGUAAGUAUUUUGUAAAAUAAAUGGUCGCUGUGUAUAGAAUACUUUUAAUAGUCGCUUUCAAUAAAAAUAAUUCGAUGUUGCGUCUGAAUCCAAAUUAAAUCAACAUUGAUUGAUUUCAUAUUAAUUAUCUAUUACUUAUGGAAAUUGUCUGUUACUAAUACUAACCAUUUAUUUCAAAUAUCUACUUUGAUAAUGUUCGAAAUAAAUAAUACUGAUCCAAUAAAUAGCAGUCGAAUAAGCAGAUCGAAUAAAAUAGAAUAGAAUUUCUUUUGACAUUUGACUUCCUCGCGGGAACGAAGAGGUCCUUCUCACCCUUUUUAAAAAUCCGAUAUCAUCCUUCGUUACGCAUCGAGAAGAUUGAGAUAACGAAACGAAAAAAUGAAGAAGAAGAGAAAAAAGAGGAAGAAAAAAAGAAAUGAAAGGAAAAGAAAGAAAAGGAUGUCUUCUUUCGUAUCAGGUACGAAAUUUUUGAUUUUCGGAUGAAAAAUUGAUCACAUAUUUCUUAUUUCUUUUUUCCUUUUUCUUUUUCUUUCUCUUUCUUUUUCGCUUUCUCUCUUUUUAUUUCAUUCUUUCUUUCGUUCGAAAGAAAAGCGGCUGGGCCGCUUUCCCUGCGUUCAAUCCGUGACGAUAAAUAUUUCUUUUAUUGUUUGUUCUCUUAUUCUUCUUCUUCUUAGUUGUGUUGUUGUUAUUGUGUUGUGUGUGUGCCGUCGUGUGUUUAAAGUCGAUUACGCGACGAAUAAAAAGGAGACCUACUUUACCGACAGUACUACCGGAUCGCGAUCGAUCUCGAUCGAGGAAUCGAAGUCGCUUCUUUUUUGUUCUCUUUUUUUUCUUACCGACAGUCGGUAACAUACGAAGACAUCCUCGUAACGAGGCGACUAUCUUUAUAUUUUUAAUUUUUAAUUCUUUUCUUCUUUUUUUUUUUUUUUCUUUUUUCGUUCGAGAUCUUUGUUAUUAGUUUUUAAGAUACGCCAAUUUUAAAUCGUCGAUCUUGAGAAUCGAUGAUCCUUUUUCGAUCUUCUUUUUCUUCUUGGUUUUUGAUUUUAUUAGAAAUUUUUCUUUUUUUUUUUUUUUUUUUCUUUUUUAAUUUUUAGACCGCGGAACAAUCGAGUUUUUUCUUGCUGCUCUGUACUUUCUUGUUUUUUGUCUUUUUAGAAAAUAAUCAAUAACUCGUAUCGAACAAUAUUAUACACAAUUAUUAUUUUAGUUCCUAUAUAUAUAUAUAUAUAUUUUUUUUUUCUUUUGUUCCUCAUUCUUAUUCUUAUUCCUAAUCUUGAGAAAGAGAGCGAGAGAGAGAGAGAGAGGGGAAGAGAGAGAGGGGGAGAGAGAGAAACUUUGUUUUAAUGUAACAGUACUGAGCAACGGCGUUUACUCGACGAGUUUUGUUAGGAUCUACAAUAACAAUAACAAUAACAUUGUUUAAUAAUUAUAUCACGAGCUUCGUUGAAACAACAUCGUCCUAUCAGCUUGCUUGAUUUUACGAUGAUAAAAUCUUUAGCGUCGUUAUGGUUUGAAAUGAUUGAGAAGCUAAAGAUUAUAUUCGAAUUUAUUACGAUCUAUACAUUUGAUCUGUUCGGUUUUCAAUGAUCACACGAUAUAUGAUUGUUACUAAUACUUUUUGGUAUUUAUCGAAAUUUAAUCGAAAGCAAUCGAACGUUUCGGAAAAUUAUUCAAAGUCACAUUCAUUUUAUCUGAUAAUUACGUAUUAAUAAUAUUUUUCGAACGAUAUUAAUCGAACGUAACCGAUCGAAAUUUUAUUACCAAAGAUUUGUCAAUUGAAAUUAAAGGAAAGAAAAGAAAAGAAAAAAAGGAACAAGAAAAAAGAAAAGUUACGACGUAUGAGGAUCAUAAGUGAAAUUAACGAUCGAGAAUAAUACCGCGUGAUCGAUCACUUGAUCUAUAGAAAAUCCAAUUGUUACAAACUUUAAUUUACGGUAAUUCAAGUUUUAUUAUUUGUUCAUCUAUUCAUUUGAUCUAUUCGUUUUUAGAGAUCGAACGAUACACGAUCGGUACUACACUAAUAUUUUUUGAUAUCGAUCGAAAUAUUUCAGAACGUUAUUCGACGUCACGUUCAUUUUAUCCGACCGUUUCGUAUAAUCAUAUUGAUCGUAUUAACGAUUAAUAAUAUUUUUCGUUAUCAAAGAAACUUAAGUCUUAAUCGAAAUUCAAUGGACAACAAUUUGUCGAUUGCAGCUUAAGAAAACUAUAAGAAAUAAAAUAGCCGAUCGAAAAGAAUUUCAAGCGUAUCAUUACGAUCGUUCGCAUAAUCAAAACGUAUUAACGAUGAGUAAUAUUUUCUUUGUUAUCGAUCGAACGAAUACUUGAUACGUCAGUAUCAAGAAAUUCAAUUAUCAAAAGACUUGUUAAUCAAAAUUAAAACUCAAAGUCAAACUAAACAAAACAAAAGAAAAGAAAAGAAAAGAAAAGAGAAAAGAAAAUAAUUAUAAAUGAAUUGAUGAGAUAUAAAAAGACGUUAAUGAAAUAGUCGAUAUCGAUCGUAAAGAAUUUCACGACACGAGCGUUUAUGAUGAUCGAGUUAACGUAAUCCCAUAUAGAAGAGAAAAUGUAUAGAGACCAUAGGUAACAUGUGUGAGACUUGAUUCUGUCGAUUCUGUCAUAGUUUACAUUAGCUUCUGCCAGGUAAACCACUCACACUGAAGUUCGUUACGAAGUUUGCUAAUAGUUAUUGUCUUCGGGUCGACGUUCAAUCCGUGGUGCGCAUGCCGAAUGAGUUUGGCUCGGGUUAAGGGUUCGAAGGGUGAUGGGUCUACGAGACUGAGAGAGAGAAAGAGAGGGAGAGAGAAAGAGAGAGAGAGAGAGAGAGCCUGAUUUCCGUCAGAAUUUCACUACCUUUGUGUUCGACGAGCCGUCUAACCUAAAUUGCACCAUCGCCUUGGGCCAACGCGGACUUGUCUUUAUCUUUGCUAGGCUUUGUUGAAACAUGACAAACGUUAUCGCGAAAUAAUCCAAGAAAUCAAAUCUUUCUUUAUUUUUCUUCUUCUUUUCUUUUUUGUUUUUUGUUUUUUGUUUUGAUUUUUAAAUAUUAAAUCCGAGAUUGAUGUCUUAUCUAUCUCAAUGAACGUAAUUUCAUUUAUAUUUCAUAAUAUUUUACCUGGAUGACUUUAUCUAUGGCUACGUAGAAUAAUUUUUGUUAUUCUAUAUCUUAAUUUAGUUUCGGUUUAAUAUAAAAAGGAGAAUGAACGUUAUUGUGAUUUCUUGUUAAAUAAAUUCUUAUUUGAUGUACCUACAUAUGUGUAUGUGUGUGUGUAUAUAUAUAUAUAUAUAUAUAUAUAUAUAUAUAUAUAUAUAUAAUAUUAAAUUUAAUACUUUUAUUAUUUCGUUCUUUUGUUAUAUUAAUAUUGUAUAUCUUAUACUAUGUUAUAAUGAAUGAUAUGAAAAAUAUAAUAUAAAUUUUACGACAAACGAAUAAUAGUAAUUCAAUUAACGAUAUAAUAUAUUACAUUUUAUAUUUGAAAACGAUAUAACAAAUUUUUAAUUUUGUUAAAAAAAAAAAAGAAAAAAAAGAAACGAAAGGAGAAAAUACAAGUCAUCCAGGAUUUUGUCACUUUUUAAUCGAAAAAGAAAAACGAUAAUUUGUGUACGUUUCAAGAUCGUGAUUAUGUUAUAUAAAAUUUUGUUUCAACAAAAAUAUAUAUAUAUAUAUCUGAAUGUUUAUAUAUGUUUCCGUAUACAUACAUACACGCACAUAUACAUAUGUAUGUAUAUAUCGUAAAUAUAAUAUAACCAUGAAGAUUUCUCUCUCUCUCUCUCUCUCUUUUUUUAUGGUGUUUGUUUUAGUAACACGUAACAUGGUAGAAUCGAAAACGAGCACACAUGGAUAUACGCAUACACAUAUAUAGCGUCUAAUGAGUUAAGUGUUUUUUAAUGUAUAACUAUUUUAUAUGUACAUAUAAGAGAAAUCUUUUAUUGACCAAUGAUAUUAGACGCUUUCAAAAAAAACGUGUUUUGAGCGACGAUGCUCAAUUGAAAUUCUCUAUUUUAAGACAUAUUUUCAUUCCUUCGAAAUCAAACUACUUUAUUUUCAAGUAUUUUAAACUGGAAAAAGAAAAAAAAAAGAGGAAAUAUUCGACAGAGUAAUCGAUUCGUUCAUUUUAUUUCACAUAAGAUACAAAUACUAUAUAUCUAAUAGUAUAUAUCAAAUUUUACUAUAGAUUAUAUUAAAUAAAAAGAAAAAAGAAAGAAAGAAAGAAAUCAAAAUAAUUUCUUCCUUUAUGAAAAAAUCAUUUCUCAUAGAAAACAAAAUUCGGAUUGUUCAAAUUGUUAUCGUUGUUAUACUUCUUUUCGUUGUCGACAACACUUUCAUUGAAAUUAAUUAUGUAGAAAUAAAAGUUGUCUUUCUUCAAAUUUUUCUUAAGAUUAGAAAAGGGAAUUUUAUAGAAAUUAAAAAAACAAAAUAACGUUUUUCCAUAUACGAGAAUAUUUUGAUAAUAAUUGAUUCGUUUAAUACAUAGAAAAAAUAUUGCGUGUGAAACACAUAUAUAUAUAUAUUUUUUUUUAUUGAAAUUAAAUGUAAAAAAUGAUAUUUCUUUUAAAAAGCAUUUGAAAAGUAAUUGAUUUAUCCUCUAUAUAGUAAAAUAUAUACUAUACAUACAUUUCUAUUCAAAAUUAAACGUAAACAAUGAAAUGUUUCGAUUCGAAAGUAUUUGUAAAGCGAACGAAUUUGUCUGGCCGCUAGUAAAAAUAUUUUAUGUGUGUGUGUCCUAUUAUGGUCGUGUACACUUUUCAAAAAGCACGUAAAUUUAUCAAACUAUAGAUACAUAGACAAAUAUAUAUAUAUAUAUUUUUUUUUUUAUAUAUCUAUAUAUAUAUAUAUAGAAAGAGAGAGAGAGAGAGAGAGAGGAGGAUGAUAGAAAAUUAUUUAAAAAAUUCCUCGAAAUUGAUAUUAUAAUAUGUAUAUAUCCUAAAUUUAAAAAAAAAAAAGAAAAUACAAUUAAUCCAAAAAAAAAAUCAUUAUCGAUGAUAAUCAAUACCGAACAGAUCAUUAAUACUAUCACAAAACUCAAUAAUUAAAAGUUUCUAUCUAUCUAUCUUAAUCACAUACAUGGAUUUCUAAUUUUUAUUUUUAUUUUUUUCAUUCUUCAAAAUCUUUAACGAUGUAUCAGAAAAAGAAGAUCGUUCAGAUGUAAGUUUCGAUUUUCGAUCGGCGAUUGUCGGCGAUGCAAUGCAUCAUGAUAGAUAAAAAUGCAAUAAACAAUGUAUAAAUGCAAGUUGUAUUGUAUGAGUGUGUCAUAAGUAGUUAUAGGAAAUGUAUGUAUGUACAAUAUUUACGGUGAAAAGAGACAGCACGUGAAAUAGAGAGGGAAAGAGAGAUUAAUAUAUAUAUAUAUAUAUAUAUUUUUAAGAGAAAUAUUUUAUGGGGUACAUGAAAAGUAUCGCAUUUGAGAACACCGUAAAACUCUCAAGUAUAUCAGCCUCCCCUCGUUUCCUGUUUUUUUUUUCGACCGCAUCUCCAUCUUUGUAAAUAUAAAUUUGUAUGUAUGGUGUAUAUAUAUAUAUAUAUGUAUAUAUGUAUAUAUAUAUAUAUAUAUAUAUAUAUAUAUAUAUAUAUUCUUAUAUGUACAUACAUACAUACAUAUAUAAAUACAUACAAUUUUUCUCAGAGGAAAGUAAAGUAGAAGUUAAAAAUGAUUCUACGUCAAAAUAUAGUUCCAUGGUGAUAAUUUUCGAAAAUUAAGAAAAUUUCGUACAUUAUAUCGAAGAAAUAUAAUAUUUAAAUAAGAUCGUUCGAUCGUCUAUCGAUAUGAUAAAAAAAAAAAAAAUAAAAAAGGAAAAAAAAGAAUCAAUGGAUCUUAAUUUAGAUAAAAAAUAAAAUAAAAUAGAAGAAAGAUUUACAUGGACGAUCGUUAAAGUUUAUAUUUUGACAGAAAUAUCGAAAAACAGAAGGACCACGAUAAUUACUCGCGAAUUAGUAUUAUUAAUACUUGAUAACUGGAGUACUCGCAUACGAUAAAUAAUAGUACAAUGAAAAAAGGAAAAAGCAAGAAAAAAUUAUAGAAAUACUCAUGUUUGUAUGUACAGUACAUACAUACAUACAUAUGUACAAGAUGAUGAUGAUGAUGAUGAUGAUGAUGAUGCAGAUUAUUAUUAUUAUUAUUAUUAUUAUUAUUAUUAAUAUUAUUAUUAUUAUUACGAUGACAAAAAAAAAUAACUCAAUAAUUCGUUUAUAAUUAAAUUGCCUACAUGGAAAUAUCCUAUGUAUAUGUGACUGUGUAUAUAAUAAGUGAAAAUGAUAAUACGGUAUGUGUGUAUAAAAGAAAAAAAAAUUAUCAGAGAUAAAAAUAUAUUAUAUAUAUACAUAUAUAUAAAAAAUGUGUAUAUAUAUAUAAAUAUAUAUAUAUAAUAUAUAAUAUAUAUAUAUAUAUAUAUAUAUAUAUAUAUAUAUAUAUAUAAAUAGCCAAAGCUAAUAGCUGGCAGUGUUAUCAAUUUUCAUAGUUUAAUUAUGGUUAUAAAAAUGAAUAAGAGAUAAAAGAUAAUAACGUUAUCCUUCUAUGAUCGUUAAUUAUCAUCGUUUAAAUGUUAAUCGUUUCUUUAAAACGCACAGAUUAAUCUUCAUAUCGAUUACCAUUUCUCAUGUUUCUUUUUCUUUUUGUUUUUUUUUUUUCAUUUUGCCUUUUUUUUUUAUUCUUUUCAUACUAUCGUCAGCGUCAAGUGAAAAUACAAUUGAACGAGAUAUUUUAUCUCGAAAUCAAUUUAAUUGUUACCAGUCUCUAUUACACUUGUUACUAUUACCAUUAUUAUUAAAUAUUAUUAUUAUUAUUAUUAUUAUUAUUAUUAUCAUUAUUAUAAUAUUAAUGUUAACAUUAUUAUUAUUAUUAUUAUUAUUAUUAUUAUUAUUAUUAUUAUUAUUAUUAUUAUUAUUAUUAUUAUUAUUAUUAUUAUUGUUAAUUAUAUUGAAAAUUGUUGCACGGUAUGGAAAUCGAUCAUCGACGUGAAUCAACGAUAAUAAUGUUAUGUUGUCCGAAAAAAAAAAAAGAAAAAUUUUUAUCUUUGUCGUUAAGCGUCCGAUGAUAACGUUAUGGUGUUCGUGUCGAACACCAUAGCAAGUUGCGUUUGACUUUUUUGUUGAAAAUCGACGAGAAAAUUUUUCAGAGAUUGAUGUGAAAUAAUAAUAAUAAUGGCUGAGAGAAAGGAGAGGACGAAAAUAUGGAGAGAAUUUGAUUUUUAUUUUUCUUCUUCUUCUUCUUCUUCUUUUCUUACUCCUUUUCCGUUUC